UACAUUCACAUCUUUUAAUGCAAAAUUGAAGGACCCUUUUUUUUCAUCCUUUACUAUCAGCUAAAAAUAAUAACCAUAGAGCAGAAUGUAUCUUUAAAUUUGAAACACGCACACGGACACAGUCUCCGAUAAUGACAAAGUCUUAUAGAAACGACAUAUAAAAAGCAAUCUAUAUGUGAGAAACUCCAUGCAUAACACCAAACCCGGUGUGCUAUUAAACACCAAAGAAGCCUGGGGAUAUCGUUUACUUUUAGAAUGUUGUGUUUAACCAAAGCACACUAAAUCGUUUGGUCUUCUUUACUUAAAUACGACCCUGAUAAACUAUAGAAAAACAAAUAAGAAGGCGCUUCCGCUGUAUCGGAAUUGUCGAACGCUACUGCGUCGGAGUGGGUGCGUCUGUUUAAAUGACAUAGGAAAGUGCUAUCACGAGCGUACAACAGAUGCUAAGCAUUUCGAAUCAGAUUCAUUAGUAUGCUCAAAAUCACCGCCGAGUUACACUCUGGUGACGGACACUUAUUAUUAGGAUGCCAAUGGCUGCAGCAUCACCAUCUCAUCCCCAGAUUACACCCUUCAAACCCUUUUCGUAGAAUGUUUGAUCGGUCAGGACUAGCUGAAACUAUCUUAUCGUUUUUUUUUUGUCUACAAUCGUUAGAGGUUCGGCGGGGACAACGCUUAAUUGUGGAUAUUGUGUGCAUCGAAUUAACCACCUGGAGAACCUCAUGGAAAUAGACGCCACCACUAACGCCGCAACGACCUUAAUCGGAGAGAAAAAUGAAGUUUUGAGACUGUUGCAGUUAAAUCCAAAGGACACACCAACUAUGAAAGAAAUUCACCUAUGUUAUGAAAAAUGGUUGGAGAAGUGAGCUUAUCUGUAUGUCGAACGUUUCCGUCAAGGACUUGCAUGUGCGCGUAUAUGAUUCUUUGAAGUUAUUCAGCCCUUUGAAUAUUCCUAUUUUCAUAAUCCAAGAUAAAGCUGAAAAGAGAGAUAUAUCUGAAUCAAAAUACAAAAAUAUAUUAAAAUACAGAAUUUUGGAGGGGAGGGGCAUGGAACCUGAAACUAAUUAGGCAAGACCACAUGCAGGAUGCAGAGAAAAAGUGUAAUAAUCUAUUUCAAUUUCAUUGUUUAUGCUAAACCUAACGUAGAUAAUAAGAGAAAGGGUUGAAUUUAUUCUUUGCAUCAUAUUCACAUGAAGAGGAGUAACACAUUUCAAACAUCGAGUUUGACACUCACAGAAAAAAAAUGCUUUUUGAGCACACAUCUCGACAACGGUGAUAUAAUGUGCCCUAUAAUCCCUGAAGAGGAAGAGAUUGUCUAUGCGAGUGAUCAAGUUAGGGAGAAGGAUAAACAAAUGAAGUCGAUGACCAAGUGUAGCACGCAACCUGAAGGAGUAAGGAUUUAUAAGGAGAAACCUGUUUUUAUGUUUAACUUCUCUUUCAGCAUUAUUAUUGGCUUUUCGAUAUGGGCUUGCAUUGCUCUCGUAGUUUUUCUACUUGCGCGUCUAAACAUUUUUAACAGAAGUAAUCAGGUCUGUUCAGACACAAAGGAUAGAGGACUGUAA